UAUAUAUUCUGUUUCAUCACACUCACCACUGCCCCUCCGAAACACAGCUAAACCUCAACCCUAGCUCAUUGUCAAAAUGCCGCCAAAGUUCGAUCCAUCUCAAGUCGUCGAGGUUUUCGUCCGAGUCACCGGAGGUGAAGUCGGAGCAGCGAGUUCACUCGCUCCCAAAAUCGGUCCACUCGGUCUUUCUCCUAAAAAAAUCGGAGAAGACAUCGCAAAGGAGACCUCAAAGGAUUGGAAGGGUCUCCGAGUGACGGUCAAACUCACAGUGCAGAAUCGUCAAGCUAAGGUAUCGGUUGUUCCCUCCGCCGCCGCACUUGUCAUCAAGGCGUUGAAGGAGCCGGAACGUGACAGGAAGAAGACGAAGAACAUCAAGCAUAACGGUAACAUCUCACUGGAUGACGUCAUUGAGAUUGCUAAGGUGAUGCAGUCUAGAUCUAUGGCGAAGGAUUUGAGUGGAACUGUGAAGGAGAUCUUGGGAACAUGUGUAUCUGUUGGUUGUACGGUAGAUGGAAAGGAUCCUAAGGAUUUGCAGCAAGAGAUUACUGAUGGAGAUGUGGAGAUUCCUCAGGAUUGAUUGAUGAUUGAGAUUGAUGAUUGAUGAACUGAUGAUUCCAUUGACGGAGGUUAUGUUCUGAUUUUGUUCUUAUAUUAAUUUUUAUGUUAUUUUGUUUUGAGUAUGUUAUCGAGGAUAAUUUUGAUAUAAUUAUGACGAGUAAACUUUGGGAUUUUUUUGGUUAAUGUAGUUUUAAUUUUUCUCGAUGAA